UCUGAGCUGGCACCGGCUCCCUCAGCGUCACCGCGGGAUUUGUCUAGCGACUUCCCUCGCAGGGGUGUGUUAGGGGGGAGUCCUCUUUCCGACUGUCGAAAUGGUCAUCAAAGUGUUUGUUGCCACAUCUUCUGGGUCCAUAGCGAUUAGGAAAAAACAGCAGGAAGUGGUGGGCUUUUUGGAAGCCAAUAAAAUAGACUUUAAGGAAUUGGACAUAGCUGGGGAUGAAGACAACAGGAAGUGGAUGAGAGAGAAUGUUCCUGGGGAGAAGAAGCCUCAGAAUGGGAUUCCUUUGCCUCCUCAGAUCUUCAAUGAAGAGCACUAUUGUGGGGAUUUUGACUCUUUCUUCUCUGCAAAAGAAGAAAAUAUUAUCUACUCAUUCCUUGGUUUGGCUCCCCCUCCAGGGUCAAAGGUAACAAAGUCUGAGGAAGUGUCUUCCCUUCCCAAUGGAGACGUAGCAGGAGAGGCAGAGGGCACUGCAGAGGGCACAGAGCAGGCUGAGGAAAGUGUAGAAAGUGAGGCACACAAAGAGGACAAGGAAGACACCGGCGACCUUCCUGAAUCCCCAGGGAAGAAUACAGAAGGGGUAACAGAGGAAGGAGCAGAGGGAGAGGCCGAAGAAGAGGAAGCUGAGGAAGCAGCAGAAGGGGAAGACUCUUAGGUGUUUCAGGCUGGUUCUUCCGCUUUUCCCAGAACCGCCGAGCCACAAGGCCACAUUUCAACUCUCUCCACUAACUUGACGAAACCUUUGGCUCGAAGCCUCAGCAUACCUGGGUUGGCCGAGGACUUGUGCUCUCCCAUGCAGUUAGGGGUAUUUGGGCACCCACUUCACUGUAUCGACGUGAAGCUGAAUGUGGAGCGUGCACUGUACCUACAGUUCUUGGUCUUUGCUUAAUUUUUGUUUCUUUUGCUACACACAAGUAGACCUUCCAUCGAUACUCUGCGAGCAGGAUCUUUCUGUGACGCAGCAGGAGUAUUUCUCUGUACCUGCUUGUUUUAGGCUUGGCUUUCAAAACAGAACACUCCCAGAGAGCAACAUAAAUAAAAAAUUGAUGGCAAGAA